AAUGUUUUUCUGAUUACGAAAUUGAUUAAUUAGUGAAAGAAAACUGAAAAGUGAAGUGGCGAUCAAACGAGCAAUUUUCUUUAAAUUUCAUCAGCUCUGUUAUUUUAUCUGUUGCUGUGUCAUCAAUUGAAGUGUAAAAUCAUCAAGCUGUGAGAUUCAACUAGCAAAAAAUGUCUGAAGCUGAGCAAUCAAGUAUAAUUUAUACGUCCGAGCAAUAUGGAGACGAUGACUCCGGAGACGGAACCUCAAGCAAGCCUUUCAAGACUGUCUUACAAGCUAUGCGGUUCGCCGGUAAAGAACCAUUUCCACCUAUUCAUGUCGACUCCAGAAUAGAAGGAGAGAAAUUCGAACCAGUUGCUAAAUCCCAGUAUAAAAAGAUUUACAAAAUAUGGCAAAGGGAGCAAUUCAAGACAGCUGGCAAACAAGUCAAAGAAAAGGAAGAUGCUGAAAAAAGGCUGAAAAAUCUAGAAGAUGCUAAAAAGAUAACGAUCAAUGAAGAUACUUCGUUACCUGAAGCGAAACUAAUUAAAAUCAAGGAUUGUGUGAAUUAUGAGAGUAAAAGAAUUAAAGUAUACGGUUGGGUUCAUCGAUUGCGGAAGCAAAAAUCUGUUAUGUUCAUCACUUUGAGAGACGGCACAGGUUUUUUGUUGCAAUCUGUAUUAAGUGAUACACUUAGUCAAACUUACGAUGCCAUUACCCUAGCCACCGAAGCAAGUGUAUUAUUAUAUGGAAAAAUUCUCAAAGUACCGGAAGGUAAAACGGCUCCUGGAGGUGUCGAAUUACAAGUAGAUUACUGGCAACUGAUCGGCUCGUCACCAGCCGGUGGUGCUGACAACAUUUUAAACGAAGAAGCUUUACCAGAUGUCCAAUUAGACAACCGGCACAUAAUGAUACGCGGAGAAAAUACUUCGGCAGUAUUACGUAUGCGAGCAGUUCUAACGAAUGCUUUCAGAGAACAUUUUCUUAGCGAAGGUCUUACCGAAGUUCAUCCUCCUACCAUGGUACAAACCCAAGUAGAAGGUGGAUCUACAUUGUUUAAACUGGAUUAUUUCGGUGAAGAAGCAUAUUUGACUCAAAGCUCACAGUUAUAUUUGGAAACUUGUUUAGCGUCCAUCGGAGACUCGUAUUGUAUCGCUCAAAGUUAUCGUGCUGAGCAAAGUAGGACCAGGAGACAUUUAGCAGAGUACGCUCACGUUGAAGGUGAAUAUGCUUUCAUCACGUUCGACGACUUACUCAACAAAAUAGAGAAUAUGAUUUGCGACGUUGUCGACCGAGUAUUAAAAUCACCGUAUAAACAAUUAGUUAAAGAUUUGAAUCCUAAAUUCGUACCUCCUCAAAAACCUUUCAAAAGAAUGGAUUAUUCGGAAGCUAUUGAAUUUCUUCGUGAAAACAACAUAACCAAGGACGAUGGUAGCUUUUACGAAUUUGGCGAAGAUAUUCCUGAAAUGCCCGAAAGAAAAAUGACAGACUUAAUAAAUCAACCUAUUAUGCUGUGUCGGUUUCCUGCCGGAAUCAAGUCGUUCUACAUGUCUAGAUGUCCUGAAAAUAACGAAUUAACCGAAUCUGUCGAUGUUCUCUUACCUGGUGUAGGAGAGAUAGUCGGAGGAUCGAUGCGUAUAUGGGAUUACGAUGAGCUGAUGAAAGGCUAUAAAAACGCUGGUAUUGAUCCGACCCCAUAUUAUUGGUAUUCUGAUCAGAGGAUAUACGGUUCAUGUCCUCAUGGAGGUUUCGGUCUUGGGUUGGAAAGAUUUUUAUGCUGGUUGCUCAAUCGUUAUCAUAUUAGAGAUGUAUGUUUGUAUCCUAGAUUUUUGGAACGAUGCAAGCCGUAAUUUCAAAUUUUAAUCGCAUCUUUAAAUUAUUUCUAAGUGUUUUUUUAUCCUAAUAAGUAAACGCUUUCAAAUUCUUA